AUGAUCCGUAAAAUUAAAAAAAUAGAAAAUGUUGGCCGAUUUCGUUUAUAUGCGGGUGGCUAUCCAGAUGAAGUUCUCUUUAAAAAGCUAACAGUGAUCUAUGGCUCAAAUGGUAGUGGUAAAACGACACUGGCAGCUAUUUGCCGUUCCAUGACGAGUGGUGACCCUGGUGGAAUGGUGAAACGUAAAUCAGCUGUUCAGUACUUACCCAAUUCAACAGCACCUACUACAGAGGAUACUUCAAAUCAAGCAGCCGUUACUCCCAAGCCACCACUCAGUUUAUGUGGUGGUGAUCGAUUUACGGCGCUACGAAACGAAACUAAAACUGUUCUUCUUCAGCACUGGGAUGUAUUGGAUAAAAAGAGUACCGAGGCGAAGCUGAUAAGAUUCAGUGAUGAAGUUAUUCAUGAGCAGAAGAAAAAGGUAGAAGAUUGCCUCAAGACAGAAGAGACCGCGGUAAAUGAGUUUCUGCUAGAAUAUCAACAGCGUGUCAACGAUUAUCUGCAAAAGUUCUGUGCUGAUUUUCAGCUGCAAAAUCUCCGUAUAAAUCCCGUCAGGUUAACUCUCAUGUCCGACAUUCAUCAAAUCAGAACCAUCACAUAUGAUAUAACUGCAAAAAAUCCCCUGCCAACAUCAAACCCAAUUAAUGCAGAAUUUCUGAGUGAAGGCGAUCGUAGUGCCCUUGCUCUAGCAUUUUUUCUGACAAAACUUGAUUACGCUAUUGAGGACUCAUCCAGCCCAGCGACGAGACCGACAUUGGUCUUUGAUGAUCCGGUUACUAGUUUUGAUUCUCACAGACGAGAUGUAACAAUUGAAAUUAUUCGUGAUCUAUUAUUUAAUGAUGCUAUCUCACAAGCUAUUGUUCUCAGUCAUGAUGCACAUAUUUUGAACGACUUACUCAUCAGUGUGAACAAGAAACAAGAGAAGGAUGAUAUUAAAACUGUUACAACAGCUGAAUUUGAAAUAAAGAUUAAUGAUAUUGAAAAAACAUCCAGUUUAGUGGAUAAAGAUAUAGUGAAAAUAGCUGGUGGACGAUACAAAGCCUGUGUAUCUGCUCUCGAAGAUUAUCGACGAGGAGGGACGGACGACAUUGGCGUGAAAGCCAACGUUCUAGUAUACAUCCGUCAAAUAAUCGAAUCGAAUUUAAAAGAUCGUUUCUCUGAAUUGAUUGAACUCAAGCUACCAGUUAUAAAUAGCCGGAUGGUUGGUAACAUUAUCGAUGUGGUACAAAACGAAAGCGGAGUCAAAUCAAUCAGUGGUACUGUUACGAAGAAAGAGGAUUUAAUUACAGAAUUACGACAGAUUAAUCAACUUGUAUCAUCAGCCGCCCACAUCAAAGGACGAAACGACGAAGCUAAGGAAAAUCUUAUGGAUCUAGCAGAGAAAACAACUGUUCUAACAUUACACAAAUUAAUUCAACAAACGUACGACAUAAUUAAUAAUAAACUACCGCUACUAGUCUAUAACAAAAAGUCAAACCCAAAACCGACUGCAGUUUGCAUGAGUACACAAACAGAUUAA